GGCGGAAGUAAGUGACGUUCUGUUUUGAUGGAAGCAAGCAUGGAAGCUGGUGAGAAGAAACGAGCUCGUUCAUCUAAAGCUAAGAAAGGUGUAAAAACAGCUGAAGAGGAAGCAAGAAGGAAGGAGAUUUUCAGGGAGACCCUGAGGGAGAAGUUGGAAUUAGAGCGCCGAGCUCUUCAGGUGGUGGAAAGGCUCCUGGACAAAAGCGUGACUGAGGAUUUCCUGACUGACUGUACCUCACUGAUCACACCGGCGAACUACAGAGACGCAGUGGAGGAGCGCUCCAUCGCCAGAAUGUGCGGCUAUCCUGUCUGCUCCAACACGCUCGCUAACGUUCCGAGUCAAAAGUAUAAAAUUUGUACCAAGACCAAUAAGGUGUAUGAUAUCACCGAGCGAAAGUGCUUCUGCAGUAAUUUCUGCUACAAAGCCUCGAAAUAUCUCGAAGUCCAGAUAUCCAAAUCCCCGCUGUGGCUGAGAAAGGAGGAGAGACCUCCUGAGGUUAAGCUGCUGAAGAAGGGAGAUGGAGGCACAUCAGGUCUGGAGGUGAAGCUAUCAGACAAAACUGUGACUAAAUCAAACAUUGAGACUUUGAUCCCAGGAUCUGUCGGGUCACACGGAAGCUCCAGCGAGGGCGAGUAUAGUGAAGAGGAGGAGCAGGGCUUUGUGUCCAGCGUGGUGGCUGGACGGCAGCGGCGUGUUCACUGGGGGGAUCUGCCCCGACGGGACACAGAAAACCAAACGCAAGCUGGUGAAUCCAGAGUCUCAAGCACGAGGCUUGAGAGAGAGAAGAGCAGUCAUGAGGUCUCUGGACCAGUCACUGACUUCGUACCAGUGGAUGAAACCAAUCAGCUUCUACAGGAAGUUGAUCUCUCAGACACCUCGAGAGAUGUUUCGGAUCAAAACUCUCUCCAAACAAGUCUCAAUAUCUCACAAGUCGGGAUGAGUAAAAAAACUGCUGCUGGACUCCGAAACCUGCUAAAGAGCCACGGGAAAGCGAAAGCUGAAGCUCCAGCGGUCACGGUCAGUAUACUGGGAGCUCUCACACACACCCUGAUGGAGUGGAGAACCGAGGAGACCAUGAGGUUCCUCAAUGGACCAGAUUACACCUCACACAGCAAGACCGAGCUGCAGCGUGAUGAGGAGGAAGAGGAAGAGCUGGAUGAAGAUGACCUAGAAGAUGUAGAAAAAGUGAAGCAUUCAGGAGAAGCUGAGGCUGGAACCUCUGCAGCAGCACCUGAUUACGAGACACUGAAGAGAGAGACGGAGAUGCUGGAGCUCAGAGUGCACGAGUUUUAUAGAGGAGUGUGUGUCCUGCCUGAGGAGGUGCAAACACAAGCUGUGGAGGUGGAAGCACACAGCGAGGAGACAAAGAACAUCCCUCCGCUGGUGCUGGUCGACUCUCAGGCUCAGCGAGCGAUCCAGAGACGCAUCGCGGUGGAGAAGCUCUGCAGAAGUUUAAGGGACAUCGUCGGGCCUUUGGGUGUAACCAUGAGCGAGAUCAUCGAUGAUAUUAACGCCAUUGUCCGGACUUUCAGACUGACGAACGUUAACAUCGUCCACAAGCCUCCUGAAUGGACCCUGAUUGCCGUCGUUCUGCUUUUAGCGUUAACGUCGGUGUCUCCGUCUCUGAGGGAGUCGAUGACGAAAUCGUGUUCGCUCGAGUACAUCAGCUCUCUCAUGAAUGAGCUCAGACUGAAGGAUGAAGAUCUGCAGAGCCUUGUGAAGCUCUUCAGGCCUGACAGAAAAGCUCACGCUACACGCUCGGCCUCGGACUGCGACGUGUAGUCGUACUUUUUACAUGCAGCGGUUGUGUGAACGCCAGGCUGCUGAGAAUGUUUUGUGUUUUCUGAAAGUCUAGAUUUUCUGACAUUUCAGUCAGUUAUUGAUGUUUACGGUCCUGAAGCACGUGGUGCAGACGAUUCGGAUGUUCGGAUCGUAAUUAAACGUGUAAUAGAUUUGACGUGGAAGCUGAUGUACGUGACAAGAUCUCGCCGAUUAAACCAAUCUGUACGUAAA